AUGCAGUUUGCUGGAACAAAAAUUCACCACCUCUCAUCCAACGCUUCAGACCAUUGCCCAUUAUGGAUUAUCCCGGAUGGUUUGGAAAUCCCUAACAUCACUAAACCAUUCAGAUUUGAAGAGAUGUGGUUAUCUGAUAGAGGGUGCUCAAAUGUUGUUGAGGCGGUGUGGACAUCCCAUGAGGAGGCCGAACCUAGCAUCAAAGUGAUCAAGAAAAUAAAAAAAUGUGGGAAAGAACUUCAAGAAUGGAACCGUAAGCAUUUUGGGAAUGUGAGAAGGGAGCUUGAAAAAAAGAGGAAAAUGUUGAGGGAGGCCAAGAAAGAAGCUAUGAGAACAGGAGUGAAUUUCCGAGUAAGAGAACUUAAAAAAGAAAUUGAUGAGCUAGUGGACAAAGAGUAUAGGAUGUGGUUCCAAAGGUCUAAGGCGUUGUGGGCAGCCAAUGGAGACAAGAACUCAAAAUUCUUCCACUGCCGUGCCACCCAAAGGAAGAGGAAGAACUCAAUCCUAAAGAUCCGUAAAGCUAAUGGGGAGUGGAGUUCGGAUAUGGAACAAGUCACUGAGGCCUUAACCACCUAUUUCAAGGAGCUAUAUACCUCGGCAAACUUGACACCAUGUGCAGCAGCCACAAACUCAAUCAAUCAAGUGAUCACUGGAGAGAUGAAUGAACAACUCUCUCGGGAAUUCCAGGCUUGGGAAGUACAACAAGCUAUAAAGCAGAUGGCCCCACUAAAAGCACCAGGUCCAGAUGGUAUGCCUCCUUUAUUUUUUCAGCAUUACUGGACUUUGAUUGGUGAUGAUGUAAUUGAUUCUGUUCUUACUUUUCUUAAUUCUACAUCUCUACCUAAGCACCUAAACCACACUUUUAUAACUCUCAUCCCAAAGAAAAAAAAUCCCGAGCAUACUUCUGAUUUUAGGCCUAUUAGCCUUUGUAAUGUCUUGUACAAGAUUUUUUCGAAAGUCUUAGCAAAUAGGCUUAAAAGCAUUCUACCAAAAAUUAUCACUGAACACCAAAGUGCCUUCACCAAAAGCCGUCUUAUUUCUGAUAAUAUCUUGGUAGCAUUUGAAUCCCUACAUAGCAUGCAAAAACACACAGGGAAAGAUGGCUUCAUGGCAAUCAAACUUGACAUGAGCAAGGCCUAUGAUAGGGUGGAAUGGCCUUACCUUGAAGCGGUCAUGAAAAAAUUGGGAUUUAAUGAUAAAUGGAUUAAACUUCUCAUGUUAUGUGUUACCACUGUAUCCUACUCCAUUCUGGUUAAUGGGGAACCCAAAGGUUUAAUCCAUCCAUCAAGAGGCAUCAGACAAGGAGAUCCCAUCUCCCCAUUCCUAUUCCUAUUAUGCACGAAAGGUUUUCAUGGCCUAAUCAGUCAAGCAGCUGCACAUGGUGAUAUUAGAGGCUAUUCUUUAUCUAGAAAUAGUCCUCGCCUAACCCACCUCUUUUUUGCAGAUGAUAGCCUCCUGUUUUGUAGGUCCACAAUUCAAGAAUGUCAAAAAAUCCUUGAAAUUCUUGAUACUUAUGGCAGGUGUUCGGGUCAACAGAUUAAUAGAAAUAAGACUACUAUAUUCUUCAGCAAAUCCAUUGAUGAGGACACAAGGAACCACAUUAAGCUUGCAUUGGGAGUGGAGGAAAUAAGACAAUAUGAGAAGUACCUUGGUCUUCCAUCUCUUGUUGGGAAAAAUAAAAAGGCCAGCUUUAACUACAUUAAAGAAAGAGUAUGGAGGAAAAUUCAAGGGUGGAAAGAGAAGCUCUUAUCACAAGCAGGAAGGGAAAUCCUAAUUAAGGCCGUGGUUCAAGCAAUUCCAAGCUACACCAUGAACUGUUUUAAACUCCCUUUGGGUCUAUGUGCAGAAAUUGAAAGCCUAAUAAGAAAGUUUUGGUGGGGUCAGAAAGGAGACAGGAGGAAGAUUCAUUGGGUCAAAUGGGAAACUCUUUGCCUCCCAAAAUCUGAAGGGGGUAUGGGAUUCAAAGACUUGGCCCUAUUCAAUGAUGCACUACUUACAAAACAAGCAUGGAGGCUUUUGGCCAAUCAGAAUUCCUUAUUUUAUAGGGUAUUCAAAUCCAAAUUCUUCCCGGAUUGCUCGAUUUUGGAGGCCUCAAAUUCUCAUUCAGGAUCUUAUGCUUGGCAAAGUAUCCUAAAAGGGCGGGAUGUUUUGUUGAAAGGUGCUAGAUGGAGAGUAGGAAGUGGGGAGUCCAUUAGUGUGUGGCUUGAUGCAUGGCUGCCAUCAUUGGAGCACCCACGGAUACAAUCACACAUUGUUGAAGGAUUUGAAGAUAUCAAGGUAAAAGAUCUCAUAGAGCCGGAGACACACAGUUGGGAUGAUAAUCUCAUUCAAGGUUUGUUCAACAACCAGGAGGUAAACUUGAUAAAGAGUAUUCCCUUAUGCACUACCCCUGUUACGGAUACAAUCACAUGGCCUUUCAAUGCUUCGGGUUCUUACACUGUGAAAUCUGGAUAUAAAUUCUUAGCCAAAGGUGAGCUCCACAAUCAAUCAACUACCCCUUCAGACCAUAACAGUGAACUAUGGAAGCUAAUAUGGAGUCUUGAGGUCCCAAACAAAAUUAAAAAUUUUGUGUGGAGGUUAAGCAAAGAUGCAAUCCCAGUAAAGAAAAACCUGAAAAAGAGAAAGAUUUUGAAUGAUGACAUCUACGAACAAUUUGGACAAGCUGAAGAAUCAGUGCUACACGCAGUCUGGGAGUGCUCAAAACUAUCUCCAAUUUGGGAUGCUGUACCUGACUCUGCAUGUCGUCAAACUCACUCAUUUGCAAAUAUAAAGGACCUGCUUCUUUAUGUCUCCAAUGCAGGCAGCAAGGUGGAUUUACUGGUGGCCAUCAUGUGGAACAUAUGGUAUCGCAGAAACCAGCUGAGGUUGAACAAGGAUUAUCCCAUAUCCCAGGUACUUCAAACUGCUCAACAAUGUUUGCUGGCUUACACAAAGGAAAACAGAUUGCAAAGAACUCAGAUGAACUCCCCAACACCAACCAGAGUUGCUUGGCAUCCCCCACCUGAUGGAUGCGUGAAAAUUAACUUCGACGGAGCAACUUUCAAAGACAUCAAUAAGGCUGGUCUUGGAAUCGUUAUUCGGGAUGGUUUUGGACAGGUAAUGGCUUCCCUAUCUGAGCAGAUUCAACUCCCUUACUCAUCGGACCUGGUUGAAGCGAUGGCAGCGGCAAGAGCCAUCUAUUUUGCUGCAAAACUUGGCUUCUCUAGUUACGUGUUGGAAGGUGACUCAGAAUUGAUUAUUAAGGCACUAAAGAAUGAGGAAAACUCCCUUGCACCCUUUGGUCACAUCCUAGCUGCAGCCAAAACCUCAACAGAUGUCAGUUGUAUUUCAUUUUCCCAUAUUCGUAGACUUGGCAAUUCUGUUGCUCACAACCUUGCAAAACAUGCACGACAUGUUGCGGGUUUAAAGGUGUGGAUGGAGGAUGUUCCUCCACACCUCUAUCAUGUAUUAUUAACCGAUCUUGGUUGA